AUGGCCAAGCCCUAUGACCUACCAUCAAUGACCUCAAUGUUGUUGCCGUCAUCCAUUGCCGUGUCCAUGCUGCCGGCUGGAAAGAUGGCAGCGCUCAAGAUGAUGCUGCUGAUGGCAGUGGCGGCCUUUGGGGCGGUGGCGCUCGCUGAUCGUCCGUGGAUGCAGGAUCCAAAGGCCGAUCCCGAACAGCGGGCCCAAGCUUUGCUGGAUCAGAUGACCCUGGAUGAGAAGAUCUUGAUGCUGCACGGUAGCAGUGGCCCCUAUGUGGGCAACGUGCCGGCCAACACUCGCCUUGGCAUUCCCGCCCUCAACCUCAAUGACGGUCCUCAGGGCUUCCGCCCCGCCACGGACCUGGCUGGCACCUCGACCGCCUUCCCCUCGGGUCUCACCGUGGCGGCCACCUGGGAUAAGAACCUGACAUACGCCUGGGGUGCGGCCAUGGGUACUGAGUUCUGGAACAAGGGCUCAAAUGUUCAGCUCGGUCCGGGCGUUUGUGUCGCCCGCGUGCCCGUCAACGGCCGCAACUUUGAGUAUGCCUCAGGCGAGGACCCCUUCCUUGGUUACACCAUCGUCCAGCCGGCCAUCAAGGGCAUCCAGGACCAAGGCGUCAUUGCCAAUGUGAAGCAUUACGUCCAAAAUAACCAGGAAACCAACCGCCAAACCGUGAGCGAGAACGUGGACGAGCGUACGCGCUUUGAAAUCUACUACCCACCCUUUGAGGGUGCGUUUGAGGCUGGUGUGGGCUCGCUCAUGUGCAGCUACAACAAGAUCAAUGGCUACUGGAGCUGUGAGAACAACCAAACGCUUGGCACUGAUCUCCGCGUCCACCUUCUCAAGGGCCAGCGUCUUUGGGUCAUGAGCGAUUGGGGUGCCACGCACUCUACUUCCAUCAUGCAGGGGUUGGACCAGGAGAUGCCGGGUGGCAAUUUUAUGGGUGACACUCUGAAGAGCAUGGUGGUCAAUGCCAGCAUCCCCGAGUCGGCCGUCAACCAGUCCAUCCUUAACAUUCUGGUGCCCAUGUUUAGCGUGGGGCUCUUUGAUCGCCCCAACAACAACAGCAUCACUGCCAACGUGACCUCGGAUGCCCACAACGCCGUGGCCCGGGAGCUGUCUGCGGCUUCACACGUCCUCUUGAAGAACGAGGGCGACUUGCUUCCCCUCGAUCGCUCUUCGGUCAAGACCAUUGCCGUCAUUGGCGCCCAGGCUGCCACCAACACAAUUGUGCACGGUGGUGGUUCCGGCCAGGUAUACCCCCCCUACGUCAUCACACCCCUGGGCCUCAACGGACCCUUUUGCAACGACCAACAGCAAUGCAUCUACUACAGCGAUGGAUCCAACCUCACCGAGGCCGCCGAACUGGCGGCCAAGGCUGAUGUCGCGCUCGUUGCUGUGGCGACCACCUCGUCCGAAGGCUCGGACCGCGCAGACCUCUCCCUCGGUAACGGUCAGGACGAACUGGUGACCAUGGUGGCCGCGCACCAGAGCAACACCAUUGUCCACAUCACCUGCCCAGGUGCCGUGCUCACGCCUUGGCGCGAGGACGUCAAGUCUAUUUUCGUGAGCUUUAUGGGUGGCCAAGAGCUUGGUAACGCCAUGGCUGACGUUAUCUUUGGUGAAGUCAACCCCUCGGGCCGCCUGCCCCUCACCUUUCCCAACGUCGAGAACGAGAUUGGCAUGACGACUCGCCAGUACCCAGGCCUUGACAAUGGCCUCGAAGCCUACUACGACGAAGCCCUGCUGGUCGGUUACCGCUGGUACGACCACCAUGCCAUUACCCCGGCCUUCCCUUUUGGCCAUGGUCUCAGCUACACCUCCUUCGAGUACAGCGACAUCCAGGCCUCGAAGACUUCCGUCUCCGUGACCGUUACCAACACGGGUUCAAAGGCUGGCGCUGAGGUGGCACAGCUGUACCUCGGUUUUCCUUCCAGCGCUGGUGAGCCGCCGCGCCAAUUGAAGGGCUUUGAAAAGGUCGUCCUUGCUCCUGGUGCCAAAACCACCGUGACCUUUGACCUGCGCCCCCGUGAUCUCUCGAUUUGGGAUGUCAAGCAACACGCUUGGAGCCCCGUUUCUGGCACCUUUGAGGUUGCCGUGGGUGCGUCCUCCCGGGAUAUCCGCCAGACGUCGAGCUUUGACAACUAAAUUUGGUGUUGACCGCUGUCAUGGCCGGCAAGCGUACCUCCAGGCCUGACGGUCUGGCUAACCCGUUUCUGCUUUACAAGUGGCGGAAUCACGCCUCGACCUCUGUCGUCGACCAACCAAUUGAAUCUUAACUC